GAAAUUUCAGAUAGCUGAAUGGCGACUGGGUCUGAAGCAACUUUGAUUCUGGUCGAAUCUCAGCUAGUUCAGAGAGACCAAAAACAGAAAAUACCCAGAUAUGGUUCUAUGUUCUAAAUACAAGAACUUGAAGAAAGUAUGAAUCUUUCAGGGAAAUUGCCUCUUUUCAUUGUUCGUGUUCCUCAGAAAGGCUUGUGCAAGUUGGGGUUUGUUCCAUAUUUGCUACUAGAGAGAAGAUUGAGAGGAGGUUUUGCUAAGAGAAUGGCUUCUAGCCUGCAAAAAUGCGAAGUGGGUGCUGAAAGCAAGAUGGGAGUGGUUCAUCCUGCAACAGAAGUCUAUGCUGAUGAGGCUAUUGAAGCCCUCAAAGCUGGGAAAGUCAUUGCAGUGCCCACUGAUACCCUUUAUGGAUUUGCUUGUGAUGCUUGUUCUUUGGAAGCAGUAAAUAGGAUUUAUGAUAUCAAAGGACGCAAGCACACAAGUCCUCUUGCUAUCUGUGUUGGUGAUGUUCCUGACAUAAACCGGUUUGCUGUGACAGCCCAUUUACCUAGUGGCUUACUUGACUCUCUUCUUCCAGGACCUGUUACUGUUGUAUUACAGCGAGGGGAAUCUAGCAUCCUUGAGAAGUCCUUGAACCCAGGACUAGAUAGUAUAGGAGUGCGAGUCCCAGACUCUAACUUCAUUAGGAUUGUUUCCCGAGGUUCAGGAAGUGCAGUGGCUCUUACAAGUGCAAACCUGAGUGGGAAACCUAGUAGUGUUUGCAUCAAUGAUUUUGAGAACCUGUGGGAACACUGUGCCUAUGUUUAUGAUGGUGGUGUGCUUCCAGCAGGUCGUGCAGGAUCAACAGUUGUGGACCUCACUAAGCCAGAGAAGUACAAGAUUCUUAGACCAGGAAGUGCAAAGGAAGAGACCAUCGCUAUUCUUGAAAAGCAUUCUCUUGUUGCAGAAGCAAUUUGAAAGCACUGAUUAUACUUUUAUUACAAAGAUUUAAUUCUUCAGAAUUCGAUGCCUUUAGAUGUCCUGUUUGGAACUUAGGGUUUUACACAAAUCUUCAAUAUGAGUUUAUGAGUUUUGAAUAGCAGUAGAAGUAUGUUCAUUGUUACUAGAAAUGAACUGAAGCUGUCUUGUGAUUUUCACAAGGUGGUCACAUGUAUUUAUGGUUUGCAUUUGACCCAGUAUUAACUUGCUUGGCAAGUUUACUAUUUGUGAUCUAAGUGUAGCAAUGGCUGUGUAUAAUGAACCUUUUCAGACACAGCAAGACUACUUUGAACUUCAUUUCUGGAAUUUUGGUGGUUGUACUUUUUUGCUUGUGUUAUUAGCUUUAGACUUUAGUAGAGGCAUACUGAGAACUGUUUCAUUCAUCGCUGCCGUGAAUUGAGAGUUUCCAAACAAAACAUGCCCUUGAACCGUGCUUUGAAGCUUUCUUGCAGUUGUGAUGUUUGGGCUUUGGGAGAGGGAGUGCUGCAGGACUCCACAGCCGCAGCUGAUGGUGCCAGUCAAAGCAACUAUAAGUAUUGCUGGCAUUGGCAUGGAUUAGUGGCACAUGUUAGUCUU